UCUCAGCUAGAAUUAAAAAGGAAAAGGGGAAGGAGAAGGGAGACCCUUAACACUGACUCACUCGCUCUUUCUUUCUUUCUUUCUUUCUUUCUUUCUUUCUUUCUUCUCUGCACUUUAUACUGUUCAAAUUCGAUACUUAGCUGUUUUUACAGAGAACGAGGCCCUUUGGUGUACAGAAUAGAGAAAGAGAAGCUCAAUGAGCUUUAUAUCUCUCUAAAACUUUCUCUCUCUAUCUCUCUAUCUAAAACUUUCUCUGCAUUGCCUUCUUCUACUUCACAAUCUCUCCCCAUUUCUUCUUCUUCUUGUUCUAAGCUUUCCCCCUCUCUUUUGGGCCUCUCUUGUUUAGUGGAAGGAAGGGGGAUUUUGGGUUUGAUCUUGUUGGGUGUUUGUGAAGAAACCCUUUAAGGGUUUUUUUGGAUGGAGAGUUCUUUGUCUCUUUGUCUUGGAUUCUGAUGGGUUUUUGAUGAUUUGAAGCCAAACCCUUGAAUUCUGAGUAGUAGUGGGAGCUGUAUGAAGUAGUGGUGGAACAAUGAGCGAUGAGAAUUCUAAGAAAAGCAAGCUCUCAUGGUCCAAGAAAAUGGUCAGGAAAUGGUUCAAUAUCAGGUGCAAAAGCGAGGAUUUUCAAGCGGAUGUUGCUUAUAGAGGAAGUGAUAUCGAUUACAGAAGCAGAAGCUUCUCAGAGAGGGAGCCUUGCACCAUCAAGAAAAGCAAAACAGAGAAAUUUAGCAAAAAUGGCGAGCCGGGACGCCGAGGGAAGAUGAAUCUUGACCAUCCUCGAAUUAUAGAUGUGCAGAACUAUAGCAUUUUUGUUGCUACAUGGAACGUGGCUGGAAGAUCUCCUCCUAACAAUCUAAAUCUGGAUGAUUGGCUUCAAUCCUCACCCCCUGCUGAUAUUUAUGUUCUUGGAUUUCAGGAGAUAGUGCCAUUGAAUGCUGGUAAUAUACUCGGUGCAGAAGACAACGGUCCUGCUAAAAAAUGGCAGGCUCUCAUUCGAAAGACUCUAAACAAUCUUCCCGGAACUAGCAUGGGGAAUGCGUGUUACACGCCUUCUCCAAUUCCAAAACCCGUUGUGGAGAUAAAUGCAGAUUUUGAGGGAUCUGCUAGGCAGAAGAAUUCAUCGUUCUUCCAUCGACGAUCGUUUCAAACAACUCACAGCUGGAGAAUGGAUAAUGAUCCUUCAUUACCACAGCCACGACUCGACCGAAGAUUUAGUGUAUGUGACCGUGUUAUCUUCGGUCAUCGGUCGAGUGAUUUUGGUCCUAACUUUAGAGGGAGCCACAGGCCGAGUGAUUACUGCAGACCAAGUGACUACUCAAGACCAAGUGACUAUUCCAGGUCCAGUGACUUUUGCAGGCCGAGUGAUUACUCUAGGCCGAGCGACUUUUGCAGGCCGAGUGAUUCGAGGCCUAGUGACUGUUCGAGAUGGGGUUCGUCAGAUGAUGAUAAUGUUUCGUGGGAGUCACCGAGCACGGUUUUGUUUUCGCCGAUGUCGCAUGGUGGAUCGUCAUCCCAGGAUGGUGGAUAUAGAAUGCCAGGACAUUCAAGAUAUUGCUUAGUUGCAAGCAAACAAAUGGUUGGCAUAUUUCUCACAAUAUGGGUGAAAAGUGACUUGAGGGAUCAUGUUCGAAACAUGAAGGUUUCGUGUGUUGGUAGAGGAUUGAUGGGCUACCUUGGAAAUAAGGGAUCGAUUUCUAUUAGCAUGUCUUUGCAUCAAACAAGCUUUUGCUUCAUUUGUACUCACUUAACAUCUGGAGAGAAAGAAGGCGACGAGCUUCGAAGAAACUCCGACGUGAUGGAGAUACUUAAAAAGACAAGGUUUCCACGAGUUCACGGUGCAGGCAGCGACGAGAAAUCCCCUGAAACAAUCCUCGAGCAUGAUCGCGUUAUUUGGCUCGGGGAUUUAAACUAUCGAAUCGCUCUUUCUUACCGUUCGGCCAAGGCGCUCGUAGAGAUGCAAAACUGGAGGGCAUUGCUUGAGAAAGAUCAGCUACGAAUAGAACAAAGACUUGGGCAUGUAUUUGCUGGAUGGAAUGAGGGAAAGAUUUACUUUCCUCCUACAUAUAAGUAUUCAACUAAUUCAGAUCGAUAUGCAGGAGAGGGCGCUUACCCAAAAGAAAAGCGUCGUAAACCCGCUUGGUGCGAUCGGAUAUUAUGGCAUGGAGAAGGCCUCCAUCAGCUAUCCUACGUCCGUGGAGAGUCAAGGUUUUCAGAUCAUAGACCGGUUUAUGGAGUGUUUUGGGCCGAGGUUGAGUCAAGUCGAGGGAGAUUAAAGAAAAGCAUGAGUUAUUCCAGUUCGAGAGUCGAAGUUGAAGAGCUUCUUCCAUACGCACAUGGAUACACCGAGUUAAACUUUUUCUGAAAGCGAGAUCCAAUGGCUACACAAUCCAGCCAUAGUGAGCUAUCCCUUUUGUAGCUAAAGCCAUCGUGAGGUAUCGUUUUUCGGCCGACCCGAAACUUUGUAUAUCACAGUCGUAGAAGAUUUUGCAAGAAGAUUCCUCCCCAAAGAGUAAGAGUAGAUUAGAAUUUGUUUGAAUCUCCUUUACAAAGCUUUGUUCAACACUCCCAUAAUUCAACCCUCAAGAAAGCUACCUGAUUUGACUGCAAAUCUGGCCCCAGACGGUGGUGGAGCUCAUCCAUUGAAGGCUGAUGGGGACACCUCGUAGCUCACAGCCCAAAAAAGUCCUCAUUUUGAAGUCCCUGUAGGUUACCUAAUAGCACUGACCUUUCUUCCCAACACAUUGUGCCUUUGCUCAUCAUAUCUUGUUAUUACCUGAGUUUACUCACUUUUUAGUACACACCUGCAUAAUUCGGUCGCCUAAUCGAUGACGACGCUUGGCUUUCGGGAUUGGAAGAACUCGUCCUGUAAAGCGACGACAUGUGGAGGAUCGAGUAAUAUUUUUUUGGCUUCUUUU